UUUCUUUUCCUUGUAUCAAAAUUUGUUUGUUCACCCAAAUGUACUCCUUGUUUUGCUUCUUCUCUAGUCCAAAAUAUUCUAAGAGCUGAAUUAACCUCUUCAUAUGAUAAAUUCUUUCAACUUUUGGCUGUAAUUAAUGAAAAUUAUUGGAGAGAGUGCCGAGAAAUUGUUAAUUCUUCAUUAUUUUCUGCCAUUUUCAAUUCAAAAAAUUUCAAUAUUGUUCCUCCAAUUGUAUUUACUAUAUUACUUUCAACAAUGCCAUUUUCUCUUUUAAAUCAGUCAAAUGAUCAAAAGUUGACCAAUUUUGCUGGGCAAAUAAUUUUUAAUAAUUUUAAUUAUUGGACUAUUUAUAAAAUUGCACGUUCUGCUUUAAGAUUUGGGCAUUGGAGAUAUUUAGCAUUGCCUUUAUUAGAAAAAAUUCAAACAGGUUUUCUUGGAUCUACUGAAAAGAGUCAAACAUUUGGUUUUGCUGUAGAUUAUGUUAAUUGUUUAGAAUCAACAUUUAGAGGAAUUCAUUCAAUUUUAACUACAUUUAAUGUUUUACGUUUAUUAAAUUCUGAAAAACGUCAAAUACUUGGAACAUAUUGUAGUCCAGUUAUGGAGGCACGACAACAAUGGGUUAGCUUAUGCUCUAGAUCAUUCGAUGCAGACACGCAAACGCUUCUUCAAAUGGCUUUGAUGAUUAGGAUGUGUCUUUUGAUUGAGCAAUAUUUGGGGAUUCUUUCUGAUCCUGGAACUGGGGCAAAGCUCUCGGAGAUUUCUAUGGAAGAUUUGGGGGAAAGCACACAGAAAGGUUUCCAAGCAAGCGCGCAGACUCAAGGAUUUCUUCAACUUCUUUGUUGGGCGCGCAGUGAGUUGAUUUCAUUGCAAUCUACCGAUCCAGAUCCAAUUAGAGGGCUUAAAGUGCUUGUAGAUAUUCUUCAAUGUUUAGUUGAUUUUCCACUUGGAUUGCCUCGAUUCUUUUUUCAACGAGUUCAAUUUACACGUAUUCGGUUAAUUAUCUCACCACAACCGUCAGAUGGCCGUGGAGUAUUCAAAGUAUCCUCUAUGGAUUUGUUGCCUGUGGUGAUUGAAGGCAUCAUUGAGUCUACUAAUAAAAGGAGUAUUGAAAGUGUUUGUGUUGUACUUACUCUUAAAAGGGAUAAUUUGGCACACGUCGAAAAAAAGCAAACAACUCAAUUAGAACCGGAGCAAAAAUAUUUUAAAUCUCAAUUUCUUCUUAAAAUUACUCAUCAGAAAACACGAAUAAAGGCAAAAGUAUGGUUUGUAGAUGCUGUUACCAAAAAACAAUGGUUUGAUGAUACUGACUCGGCAACUCUUACAGUUGAAUUGUUGGAUGGAGCAGGAACGUCUGCUGCCGGACAAAGUGUUUAAUAUAGCAAAUUUUAUUUUUAAAUUAUUUUUUUUAAUUUAUUGAAUAAAAAUUUACACUUAUUCUUUGUUAUUACUAUUAUGUGAUAUUAAAACACGAUUUUUCUUUAAGGGUGUAGGAGAUAUAGAAUUUAAUUUGACUUGUGAUAAAAAAAAUUUAGGAGGUGAAAUUUAUACCAAAAGAAGAAUAAAAGAGGAGCGG